AUGUCAGCGGGUCGAUACAUCCGUAAACGUCCAAUGGCCCAGUCGAUUUCCGAAGACGAAACAGUAGAGAAUGCGAGCCGAAAUGCUAAUGAUCCGCUUGAACAUUGCUCGUCAUCUUCCUUGUUAUCUGAGUCGUCCACGUUCUCGACCUCAACUUGUGAACACUUGCCCUCCGUCCCCCUCAAAAGUCUCUAUGAUUGUCCGAUUUGUUUCCAACUUUUCCGCGAACCGUAUUCAACAUUAUGUGGUCAUUCAUUCUGCCGCGAAUGUAUCAGUGCACAUCUGGAGCGUUCUUUACGAUGUCCUGUGUGUAGUCGAGGUUUGGAUCCAAGAUCGGGUCCCAUUGUUUUUCCUAAUUUUACGGCAGCUAGCAUUGUAGAUGCAAUUCGACGCAACAUAAAGACGGCGCGCAGUCUUGCAGCCGUCAGUGGUAGAAAUGAGGGCUUGGAGUUAACAAGCGAAAAACUGGUUGAUUUGGCUUUGAAUGCAGAUGCUAAUUUUCUGGAUCAUUUUAUGGAUCUUUUGAAAAAGCGACGUGAACAGAUUAGUAAUAAUGUCACUCGGAGAAAAAACAUGCUCCUGAACGAGUUUAUUGAUGAAAUGAUUGCACAACGAGAAGAGAAGCUUAAGCAGCUUCAGAAUGAGCUAUCCAUUUUACGGAAUGAUAAAGCUUCCAUUCAGGCGAUGAUGAAAGACGAUUCGAGCAAUAACGCUGGCACACAUUCACAACGAAUGGUGCCAGAUGCCAGUGGUUCACAAAUAAUGCAGUCUGCAUCAGUUCUGAAAAAAAUGAGGUUUGAUGGUGGUGAUAAUGAUACUGAGGAAAUAGGAAAAUAUCGCAGUCGUCUUCAGCAGCAUAUGACCGGUUUAGAGCAAGCUUACUUUAGUAGGCGUUUAAAUAACACAGAAUCUAGGACUAUUACGGAUGAUUCAUUGGGUCCAUGUUGCGACACUCUUGAUGAUUUUUCGCAAGUAUUACACGCCAUGUCGCAAUAUGGCAGUUUCCGGCGUUUAGCGUCUUUAAAUUAUAAUGUUGCAGAUGCAACAGCUGCAUUAUCUAUUGUUUCAAGCAUUGAAUUCGACAAAGAUGGUGAAUAUUUUAUCCUGGCGGGUGUUGCUAAACGUAUAAAAGUGUAUGAAUUCCAAUCAGUUAUCGAAAACACAGAUACUUUGCAUUAUCCUGUUACUCAGCUUCAGUGUACGUCCAAAAUCAGUAAUGUGUCAUGGAAUCCCUAUUGUAAAAACACUCUUGCAAGCAGUGAUUACGAUGGAACAGUACAACUUUGGGAUACCUCACUUGCAAAAUCAAUUAGGCCUGGAAAUAUUGCUUUUUAUGAACAUGAGAAGCGAUGUUGGACUGUGGUCUUCAACAGUGUUGAUCCUCAUUUAAUGGCUUCUGGAUCUGAUGAUGCACGAGUGAAACUUUGGUCAAUCGGUGUGGAUCGUUCUGUGGCAACAAUUGAUGCUAAAGUCAAUGUAUGUUGCGUCUGUUUCAGUCCAACGCAGCGAAAUUAUCUUGUUUUUGGUUCUGCCGAUCACUGCAUUCACUUGUACGAUAUCCGAAGACCGAUAGAACCGGUUAAUGUCUUUCGUGGCCAUCGAAAGGCAGUAUCUUACGUCAAAUAUUGUACCGAAAAUGAAGUCGUUUCAGCGUCUACCGAUAGUAAUCUCCGAUUAUGGGAUGUAGGUAGCGGAAAAUGUAUACGCACUAUGAAAGGUCAUCAAAAUGAAAGAAAUUUUGUGGGUUUGGCAACCGAUGGUAAUCACAUCGUAUGUGGAUCGGAAAAUAAUCAUCUCUAUCUGUAUCAUAAGGGCUUAUGCGAUCCGUUAAUGUGCUAUGAUUUCGGUCGUGCAGAUAAUACUCGUUCGGCGCUUCUGGCAACUGAUUCUUCUUCUGAUUUUGUGUCUGCUGUUAGUUGGAAAAAGAAUUCGAAUAUUGUUGUGGCAGCGAACAGUCAAGGAACAACACAUGUAUUUGAACUUAUUUAG